AUGACUACAAAUUUGUCUCUUUUAUAUGCUUGCUUGCAUUUAUUGAUUAUUACAGUUUGGUACAUUCGAAUAAUUUAGAACGAAUAUGCUUUUAUUGCUUCAACUACUCUUCUUUUCUUUCAUUUGGAUUUGAAGCUUUCUAAAAUGUGUGUGUAUGUCUGAAAACUGUUCUUAAGCUGCCUUUGGUCUCUCGUUGUAUAUUCUUAUUUCUAAUUUAAUUUUAGCUAUUGGGUACUGAUAGCUGAUGGAUUUCGGUGACUGUCUUUUUAAUACUUGGUUUGAUGCGUUACACGUACCUUUUCUUCUCAUCUGAUAUAUAAUUUGUGCUACUGCGCGAAAAAGAGCAUUGGUACUUUGAGUUGUUAUCAAUUAAAUUUUUGAACUUGGCUUGGGUUUUGUGAUCUGAAUUUUCUCAAAAGUUUUGGAGAUACUGUGAGGUUUAGGAGGUUUUUGAUGUUUACAGUUACACUAAUAGAGCCUGACGGUCUUUGGGUUUUUAGUUCAGAUUCUUCAGUUAUGAUUGAAUUGAAAUUUGCGGCUUGGAUGAUUUGAAGAGUUCGAGUGGCAUAAGAUGAACGCUGUAGGGAGGCUCGGCAGCUAUAUAACCAGAGGCGUGUCCACUGUAUCUGGCCCCUUUCACCCUUUUGGUGGAGCUGUGGAUAUCAUUGUGGUGGAGCAGCCAGAUGGGAGCUUUAAAUCCUCCCCUUGGUAUGUUCGGUUUGGGAAAUUUCAAGGGGUUCUGAAAGCAAGAGAGAAGGUGGUCAACAUUAGUGUGAAUGGAAUUGAUGCAAAUUUUCACAUGUAUCUUGAUCCGAGAGGAGAAGCUUACUUUCUCAGGGAGGUAGAAAGAGAUGAAGGAGAGUCUGUUUCAUCAUCUUCUAGUGAUGACACAGAUGAGCAAUCCCAGAACAGUAGGAGGCCAAUGAAGUCCAAAAGUUUUGAUUUUGAUGUGAAUAAACUGAAUUCAGUUGAUCAGAUUGAUGCAACUAAUGGCAAGAUUGUGGCUAGGACUAAUUCCCGCCGGUCAAGGAUAUUUGGUCUUGUUUUUGGACGGAGGUCUAUGAAGGAAGAUAGUUAUGGAGAUGGAAGUAAUAGUAAUAGCAUUAGUGAUGAUGAUGGUGUGGUAAGGAUAAAUUCUAUGGAGCGGGCAGAGUUUGCAGCUAACCUCUUGGAUGUGCAAUGGUCUACUAAUCUUGCCACUAGUAAGUCCAAGAGAGACAAUGCUUCACGGUUGUCUGCUUCCAUUACAUCUGAUGGUAAAGGGGAAGGUGAUAAGCUGACUAAUGAUGGACAAAGCCAGGUUGGCUCAUCUGUGCAGGAUGCCACUGAAACUCAGGUGGAACAUUUUACAUUGACUGAGGAAAUUGAUUCCUAUAAUGUGCAAAUGAGCAACAGUUCUUACACUGCCUUUGAGAAUCGGGAAUUUUCUGUUGAGGAAGGUGGUGUAGAAGUAUCAAAUUUAGGUGCCGCUGAACAAAUUGUUCAGACCUUCAUAGUAGAUGAAAGUGCUAUGGAAGAAAAAUUGCAGGAAAUAUCUGAAAUAUCAAGAAACACAGAUGAACCUAGUUUGCAGGAUGCUAAUCAAGAUGGUUCUGAGGGUGCAGUCUCUAAGACCUUAUGUCCUGAUUCAAAAAUUGUAGACAUUUUUGAAGCAUUUCCCAAUAAGAAGUUUAAUGAAGAAUGGCAUUCUGGUGAAAGAACUGUUCCAUUAGGAGGUUUUGGCAUUUCUGAGGAGGAAAUUGCAUCAGAUAGAAUCCAAUCCUUCAUUUACUGCGAGAAAUCUGAGAACUUGAUGGUGGGUUUUGAAGGUUUAAAGGAACAAUCUGAAGAAACACUCCCCACUAAUGGAGGACCUACAGAAGUUUAUUGUUCUGCUGAAACUUUGCUUGUGGCAACUGAGCUCCUACCUGAGGGUACAGUUGCUCAGCAAUGCGAGGAAAUGAAGCUGGAGACAGUACACACAGAGUCCUAUGAUAAUUUCCUUCAACAAACAAAUCCAUCUCCUCCUUCUGAUGUGGUGAAUCUUGAAGUACAAUGCUGCACUCAGAUGGUCAGCGUAGAACCUAUACUUGGUAACGAAGCAGAAUUCAAAAGUAAUAGCCCCAUUUCCAGUUUUAUCAAUUCGGAUUACCAAAUUCAGCAUCAGAUAGAUAUUGGGGAUAAAAUUAUGAGGAAUGAGCUCCAACCUGCUUUAGAAUCAGUUGGUGGUUCGGAACAACUUAAUGGUGAUUGUGACCUGACAAAAGCACAUAGUGUUCCAGUAUCUGAAAGUUCAGAGGAAGAGCAAUUCCACUUCAGCGAUCUCGAGGAUUUCAAACACAGAGAAAUUCAGGCCGAGUCAAAAUUUUCAGAUGGUGUAAAUAAAGAAAAUCAGGACACAUAUGAAGUGAAUGAUAGGUUUCUUGAGGGAAACAAUAAAUCCUUAUCAUCUCAAGACUGUUUAGUAGAGAAGAAUCAAUUAGCUGACAUUAAGAACUCGAUAGGCAAUUCAAAGGCAGCAUCAAGUCCCAUCUGUAUUGCUAAACUUGAUAGCACUACUGGUGUGGAAAUUGGGCGGCUAUCCAAAUCUUUACCCAGUAACCAGUCUUGCAUUAACAGUCUAGGUACAGAGGACUCCCGUCAUACUUUCAGCCAUUCUCUGGACUCAGAUUCCAAAUCCGUGGACAGGAAGUUGCAUAGCAAGGAUGAGUCACUCUGUGUAUAUUCAGUUGCAAACAAUGAAAACCAAUCAUCUUUAGAGUACUCAAAUAAGGAAGAUUUUCAUCAUUCAGAAGAUACCUAUGGUGUUGUCAAUCCCGGUGUUGAGAUAUCUCUUUGCAAACAUUUGUUAUAUGAAGGAAUGGGGUCUGAAGCUGCUUCUCAAGCAUUUGAUGCUGAAAAACUGGACAUAGAUAAAUUUGCUUCUUUAGGUCCUGAAGCUGUGAAGAACGAGAGGCUUGUUGUUAGAAUUGGAGGCCAUUACUUCCCAUGGGAUGCAGCUGCUCCUAUUGUUUUAGGAAUGGUUGCAUUUGGAAAUGAAAUUAUAUUUGAACCAAAAGGCAAGAUCCCUGUUGACCAAGUUGAGAAAUCUCUUGUAGGGGAUCCAUCAAAAGCCAUUGUUAAUGUUGGUGGAAGCUGGAGACUUUGGCCUUUUUCUUUUAGAAGAUCACGUUCUAGGAAGACUAUGCAGCCAACUGUAAGUGAUACUAGGAGUUCUGGUGCUGAGAAUGUUUCAGACAGCAACAUUGGUACAGAUAGUGAUAAAAAAGAGGUCAAGCCUCGGGUCUUAAAAAAGAUGAUGAGGGCGAUCACUCCAACAUCUGAAGAGCUGGCAUCCUUGAAUCUGAAGGAAGGGAGUAAUGUGGUAACAUUCACAUUCUCCACUGCAAUGCUGGGGAGGCAAAAGGUUGAUGCUAGAAUUUAUUUGUGGAAGUGGAACACCCGCAUAGUGAUCUCAGAUGUUGAUGGGACAAUUACAAAAUCAGAUGUGCUUGGUCAGUUCAUGCCUUUAGUUGGGAUGGAUUGGUCACAAACAGGGGUUGCACCUUUAUUUUCAGCUAUUAAGAAGAAUGGGUAUCAAUUACUUUUUUUGAGUGCACGUGCAAUAUCUCAAGCCUAUCAUACUAGACAAUUCCUGGUCAACCUUAAGCAGAAUGGGACGGCUUUACCUGAUGGUCCUGUAGUUAUAUCCCCUGAUGGACUUUUUCCUUCUCUAUUUCGUGAAGUCAUUAGAAGGGCUCCUCAUGAAUUCAAGAUCGCAUGCUUAGAGGAUAUCAAGGCAUUGUUCCCACCAGAUUGCAACCCUUUCUAUGCUGGUUUUGGUAAUAGAGAUACGGAUGAGAUUAGCUACCUUAAGGUUGGAAUCCCCAAAGGAAAAAUCUUCAUCAUUAAUCCCAAGGGUGAGGUUGCUGUGAACCGACGUGUUGACACAAAAUCAUACACUUCAAUUCAUUCUCUUGUGCAUGGAAUGUUCCCAGCCAUGACAUCAUCUGAGCAGGAGGAUUUUAAUUCAUGGAAUUACUGGAGAUUACCUCCUCCUGUUAUGGAUCUUUGAAGGAGUCAUUUGGGGAUUAUUGCACAAUCCCCCAGAAUCCUGCAAUCAGUGGUUUUUGGCUAUUCCUGAUCUGGAAUAAUUCAGGUACACCUGAUCUUAGCUUUAUAUUGUUGAGAACAUCGCUCGGGACAGAACUUUAAAUUUUGCUCGAUUUGAAGUUGUUGUUGAAGUUGGAUACUGUUGAUAGAGGAUUGAUUUCAAAAGAUUUCAGGAAACUGAAUUGAACUAAUUUGGUGAAAAGAAGAGCUUAAAGCCUCUUAGAAUGUGUUUUCUAAGACUUUAAAGAUGCACUGCUACAAUGUUUUCUUUGUGCUGGACUGGCAGGUUGCAAGUGGCAAAAAGCUAUGGCAGAAGUCCUACAAUGUUUUCUUUGUGCUGGGCUGGCUGAUCUAUUUGUGGCCUAAUAGGUAGGAUUCACAGAAGAUAUUCGACAAAAACUUGAGCUCACGAUAUACCUUUUUCUUUGUUUCAGAAAUAGAUGUACAAUAUUUGUAUAGUAACUACUUUCAGUCUCAUGAAUGUAAGCCUUUUGUCAUGGGAAGUAGACAUGCCUGGAAAACAUUAUUGUAUAAUUCUCAUUAUGCAAUGCAUUAUAUUUUCUUGUCAA